GGCAUUUGCGAUAUCCGACAGUACGUGAAGGCACCAGUACCACAGUGGGGCUGGUCGAUAUCAGUUCCCGACGCUACACCACCAGCAACCAACGGCUGCGGUUACUGAGCCGUACUCCAGGAGAAGAAAGCGGGGAAUAGCGACAGAAGAGAGGCCCCCUGGAGCACACACGUCCUUUUAAAACAGAGGCCGCCACAAAGAGGACCCUCACACAGGACAGACACUAGAAACUCACGCAGACAGAGCCAUGCUGGAAUACUACCAGACAUUAGGAGUCCAGAAAAAUGCAACGCAAGAGGACAUCAAAAAAGCUUACAGAAAAUUGGCGUUGAAGUGGCAUCCAGACAAGAACCCGGACAACAAGGAGGAAGCAGAGAAAAGGUUCAAAGAGCUGUCGGAGGCAUAUGAAGUGCUCUCAGAUGAAAGCAAGAGGAACACUUACGACAGAUACGGCAAAGACGGUCUUUCAGGAGGAGGAGGAGGAGGAGGAGGUGGGGGCCAUUAUGAUCACUUCGGUGGCGGCGGCUUCACAUUCCGUAAUCCCGAUGACGUUUUCAGGGAAUUCUUUGGCGGCAGAGAUCCAUUUGCAAAUUUUUUUGCUGAGGACCCCUUUGACGAUUUCUACGGAGGCAGUCACAGUCACCAGAGGGGUGCAAGCCAAGGCAGGGUGGGAGGAUCGCUCUUUGGUUUUGGAAGCUUCCCAGCGUUUGGGCCUGGCCUCUCAGGGUUCAAUUCAGGUUUUAGCCCAUUCGGACAGAUGGGUGGUGGAGGAUUCACUUCCUUCUCUUCUUCAUCUUUUGGCGGCGUUGGGGGAGGUGGAGGAGGAGGAGGAGGAGGAGGAGGAAUGGGCGGAGGAAUGGGCAACUUCAAAUCUGUGUCAACCUCCACCAAGUUCAUCAACGGCAGAAAAAUUACGACAAAACGGAUUGUGGAGAACGGCCAGGAGCGGGUAGAAGUGGAGGAGGAUGGUCAGAUAAAGUCUCUAACAGUAAAUGACGUGGCAGCGGAAGAACCCUUGGAGGAAGAGUGUCGUCGCCGCAGACAGAAUGCACUACCUGGCCUCGGCCUGCACCAACGCUGCCUGAGGAACUCUGCCCAGAACCCCUCGGAGGAAGAGGAGGAACAUGGCCUGCAGAGCCAGGGACUAACGAGAGGACACAUGGACACAAAGAGGAAGAAACAGUGGCUAAAGGAAGCAGAGUCCAAAAAGAAAAGGACUCCUCGACACUUCCCUCGGUUUGGUGGACUUGGUGCCUUUUAUUAAAGACCCUCAACCAAACAUAUACACACACACAAACAUAUAUCUGUUGGCGGAUGUGCCAUCAAUCAUAUAUGUGGCAUUAGUUCAUCAUUGCUAUGUAUCAGAGGCCUAACAUCCCCCCUGCUGCGCCGUAUCUCCCCUUGUAUAUCAGCAGCAGUGCAUAGCGUAACUCCUGUCUGCACUCAUGAGCAGAGACUACACUUCAUACAUUUUUAGUAGUUAAGCUUUUGCUAUUGCUGUAUUUAUUGUGGGUGGGCCCUGUGGAUGGAUCAGAACUUUAAUCAAUCUCCUAUGAUUGGACUUUUCCACUUUUUACAGCACACGUUUUCAGAAAGUGUGUUUGAAAGAGUUCAGGUGGAAGGCGAACUACACUAGCAGCCUUGUUUAUGAUGAGCGAGAAAAUCGCUGCAUUAAUACCGUGUAGCAUGUGAGAAUAGGCGAAGGUCGAGCUAUUUAGUGGAUCCUUUCAAUCGAGACGAGGAGGGAGAGGGAUACCUGGGCAACGUGAGAGUAAAGAGUUUUAUUACACAAAGAACUGAACACGAAUACUCAGUCCUUACUGACAUUCAGCACUCUGUAAGCAACAUUAUUCACUCUUUUACCACUACUCCAACAGGGUGAGAAAUAGCUACGCUCUCGAAGUUAUUUUCUUUUUUUGUAGGAUUCUUUGUACCGAGUAGAUUCUGCAACAUGUGAACCUUCUAUUGGUGUUUUUGUAAAAGAUUUCUAAAACAGAAUAAGGUUCGUUUCUCAUCUGAUUUGUCCUUGACAUUACUGUAAGUGGAAAUGUAGAAAUGUUCAUUUUUCUAUGGACUCCUACCAAUAAAUGCUAAGAGAAAUA